UUCACCGCAAACAGUAAACAAAUCGAGCUGAAUACGAAAAAUAACUGAGACGAUACAAUAAACUGUGUGAAUUCAAUCAUGGUAUGUGAAAAGUGCGAAAAAAAAUUGGGCAAAGUUAUUACCCCGGAUCCCUGGAAGGCCGGAGCUCGAAACACUACCGAAGGCGGUGGGCGCAAAAUCAACGAAAACAAAGCUCUCAGCAGUGCCAAAGUGCGAUUCAAUCCAAUUGGCAGCAAUUUUGCGCCAUGUCGAAUUUGCAAACAGAAAAUUCAUCAAGCCGGAUCCCAUUACUGCCAACAGUGCUCGUAUAAGAAAGGCAUUUGUGCCAUGUGUGGGAAGAAACUGUUGGAUGUUAAAAACUAUCGACAGUCAUCGGCCUGAUUAAUUGUGCAAAAUAUUCGACUUCAUCUUAGUGUAAUUGUAUAUAUACUUUAAGGAACAAUAUAUUUCACAAACUUUUGGUCAGAUGGCAUACUUUUCGAGUAAAAUAAAUUUAGAAAAUAUUUAA